AAGCUUCUUCUCCAUUCCAUCCUCGCAUCAUCAUCCCUCUCUUUCUCUUCGCUGGCAUGCCUUUCAAUUCCCUGUGCCCCCUCCCCUUGUGUUUUCCUUUUUGCUUGAGUAACUUAAUCAAUUAACAUCCAAUCCGAUUACGUAAAGAAUUAGAAAAUUCUCACCAAAACCUGACCUUUUCCUGUAAUAUGUAUUCCAAAUUCCAGAUCUGAAAUCUGAACUCGGAAUUUCAAUUCUUGUUUUCGGUAAAUGUCGAUGUCUACCACGUAUUGGUGUUACAGAUGCAAUAGGUUUGUAAGGGUGUGGACCCGAGAUUCAAUAUCAUGCCCCGAUUGCAACAGCGGCUUCAUCGAGGAAGCAGACAAUCCGGCGAGAUCCCCAGUCUCUGAAUCUCGUCGGCGCCGUUUCCCCGCCGCUGCUGCGAUGUACAUGUUGCCAAACUCGGAUCAAAAUUCCGGGUCGAGCCCGAGGUUCAGGAGGAGCAGGAGAAGUGGAGGAGACAGAUCUCCGUUUAACCCGGUGAUUGUCCUCCGAGGGCCGUCCGACAACGGCGGUGGUGAAGGCAGCGGUGCUGGGUUUCAGCUUUACUAUGACGACGGGGCAGGGUCGGGGUUGAGGCCAUUACCAUCCACCAUGUCGGAGUUUCUACUCGGGUCGGGGUUCGACAGAUUGUUGGAUCAGUUGGCCCAGAUUGAAGCCAAUGGGCUCGGAAGAAUGGAGAGGUCGCCGGCGUCAAAAGCGGCGAUCGAGUCGCUGCCCACCAUUGAAAUCGUGGACUCUCACAUAGCUUCAGAAUCCCAUUGUGCUGUUUGUAAGGAUCCAUUCGAGCUCUGUAAUGAGGCCCGGGAAAUGCCCUGCAAACAUUUGUACCAUUCAGAUUGCAUCCUCCCAUGGCUGUCACUGCGAAAUUCAUGCCCUGUCUGCAGAUAUGAACUCCCCGCUGAUACAACCGGAGACUCAGAGGAGCCAAACAGGGUGCCAUCAACCCAUGACCAAAGCGCCACGGGCAAUGAAGAUCAAACUGUGGGGUUAACAAUAUGGAGAUUGCCCGGCGGAGGAUUCGCCGUGGGAAGGUUUGCCGGCGGAAGAAGGGGAGGGGAGAGAGAGCUUCCUCUUGUGUACACUGAAGUGGACGGCGGACUCAACGGGAAUGGAGUGGCGAGGAGGAUUUCUUGGGGGAACGUGGCGUCGCGGAGGCGAAGGGGUGGGUUGAGGAGAGCUGUCCAGAACUUGUUUGCGUGCUUCGGCGGCGGGUUGGCGGCGUCAGGCUCGAGUUCCAGUCUGGGUUCAAGGGUUACUCACAGUAGUGUGAUGCCAUCAGCAAUCUGAGCUGAAACUUGAGGAUAGCCGUGACCAUAAAAAGAGAAGAGAAGGGAAGAGAAGAAGUUGAUAUCCUCCCUCGAUCCGUAUGUAAAUUUGUAAACAAUACCAGGACUCCGUAACAGUCAGUAUAUGCGGCUCCCUUUAGUAAGUGAGUGAGUUCUAUACAAAUUUCUUUUACCGCUCUACUUUUUCAAUCCAACGGAUUCUUUCUUAAGACCAGACCGCUCAACUAAUUACAAGUUAGGAGGAAUCCAACAACUUACCAACUAUUGACGCUAAACUUUACCAACAGAAAACGACGAGACGUCAACUAAUCAAUCAAGCAAGUUUAUUAAGAAUGAAGCACAAAAAAUGGGACAUGGGGGCCCCACUUAGUGGCAUCCUUUUUAGAAGUAUUACCUCUGUGCUAAUUCUUAUAUUACUACGUACUUGACGUGUGUUUAAAGUUAUUUCUCUUCACAAAUAUCAAUUACACAGUUUUUAUUUUAUUAAUUUACGUGCAAGUGAACACUGAUCAAUUUUUAUGGGACGAAGGGAGUACUUCUUAUUUUUUUGGGAAAACAGUCAAAUAGGUCCUCGAACUUUUAUAAAAAGUUAUUCUCACGUCGUUGGCAACCUCUUCAAGAAUUAUCCUAUGAGGCCAACCACCUUCUGAAGAGUCGUCCAACGAGGUUGGCCACCUUAUCGAAGGUUAUUCCAUGAGUUCGGUCACCUUGGCAAGGUCAUCCCAUGAAGUCGGCCAUCUCCCAAAAGGUCAAAUAUUUUCGUGAAGAUCAUUGUACGAGGUUGGCAAUUUCCUCGCAAGUUAUCGUAUAAGGUCAACCUCCUUCUCAAGGUUCAUCCCAUGAGAUCGCCCACAUUGCUCAAUGUUAAAGUUUAUCUCAUGAGGUCAAUUAUAUAUCUUUUCGAAGGUUGUCUCAUGAAGCUUGCCGUGUCACUCCUCAUACAACUGUUACACAACCCAACCAAGGCAACCACAAUCCACCUAUUUUAGGAUCAUCCAUGAGGUCUUUCAUUUCAAGAUGCUCAACUCAUGAGGUUGGCUACUUCCUUGAAGGUUAUCUUAUGUGGUCGACCACAUUUCAGAUGGUCAUCCACUCGCUCGAUUGAAAAGUUGGAAGGCAAUAAUUAUAGGACCGCUACCCACAUGAUAGAUAAGAUAACCCUAUUAACUAUCCAUGCCAUGAUGGGACCACUUUCCUUUGGUAAGGAGGCAAAUUCUUGAUCCACCCAAUGAGUUUGUGCUAUUAAAUCCAGUUACUAGUUCAGCUUAGAAUGCUCGAGUUUGCAUUUUGUGACCAUUAUUAUUCUGAAUAUGUGAGCUACACGUGAGCUCUUAACAUUUUGAUAAACAAGUUGAGACUAAAGAACAACUUGUGGAUAUAUAAAUUGAGCAAAGUAGACAUAAUUAUUAAUGUAUUGCAAAAUAUCGAUGACGAUUCUAAGGAGAUCGUUGCGUUUAGAAUCCAAAAUUAUUUUCGUGUGACAUACUCCCUCCGUCCCUUAAAACUUUGUCAUCUUUCCUUUUUGGGACGUCCCAAAAAACUUUUCCACUUUCCCUUUUAAUCAAUUAUUUUGUGGUUUCUGUUAUUUCUCUCUCCUCUGCACAAACCUCAACCACACAAUUUUUACUUUAUUAUUCGAGUUGCUUUUAGUGUUACGAAUUGCAAAUUGCCGCAGGCGCCAAUGAAAGAGCUUUAUAUAUAAUGAUUACUAAUAAUACUAAUCUCUGCAACAAGAAUGAUGAUGUCUUCCUUACCGAUUAUUUGAAUUGGUCAUGUACCUCAAGGAUCCAGACGAGACCGAGCGGACUUGAAUUGGUCAUUCCCCGAACAUUCAAGACAUGUGUACCUAGGCUUUUUCACAAUUACUACCCACGGUUCCAUUUUAUGUCUCAUUUGACUGUGACACAAUUAUUAAUAAAAUAGUUGAAAAAAGUAAAAAUUUUCAUUCAAAUUUGGAUGUAAUGAAAUGAAAUGUUGUAGAUCAUAUAUUUCUUUUCAAAAAGAGAAAUGUAACACUUAUUUUGACAUAAUCCAAAAAAAAAAGUAGGACAUGUAAAAUGGAUGAGAGUAAUAAGGACGUCACAGUUCAGUUAAAGGGGCUUACAUCAGUGCUGUAGUUCUAAUCUGGUUCUACCCGCACGGGUAGCUCAGUUGGUUCAGUGGUGGGAAAUUUGGAUCAAGUGACCAAGGUUCGAAACCCGCGGCGGCCGUGUGGAAGUCACAGAACCUGAAAUAAGGCAGGAUCUCUGGUGCGCACGGGAAAAAGGCCUACCAUCAUUGGGCCGACUGAAUCACCGUGAUUAACAUCCUCCUAAAAAUCCUGUCGGGUCGAGUAUGGGGGCUCCUGGGGUGGGAGAUUCCACCUUUUGGAUCAAGUUCUAAGGUUCUAAAGCAAAGCCAAGUUGCCAAACCCCCCUACCAUUGUAGGUCAAACACGUAGCAGUUGAGUCUUUUUUCCUCUCAUAGCACCAUGGUUUCAUUGAUUGAUUCUUUUAGUGGGUACAGUUCGUUUGUGUUCUCAUUUGGUUUUGCUAUACGUAGCUACUAGUAGCCCUUUGAUUGAUGGAUCGCCGGAAAGUUUCAAGUCUAUCCGAACAAAACGCGGCCCCACAUUUGUGCACUCUGUUCCCUUCUAAAUAGACGCACAUGAACAUCACCGUCAACCCGAUGUCACAUGGUAUUGUGAUUUGUUUUUUUUUUAAUUUUACCAUUGUUAUAACCUUCACUUUUUUAAAAAAUGUAUUAAUACUUUUAAUUUUUUAUUAUUUUUCUUAUGGUAUUAAUAUUGUAUAUGUAAAACUAAAAAAACUGACUAAAAAUAGAUUAAAAAAUAUUUUUUUUUUCAAAUUUCUUAUAUUAAUUUAUUUUUUAUGUAAACGAAAUUAUACGUAGUAAAUAAAAACGUUAUGUAAUAACUUUAUGGAAAAAAAGAGAGUUGUGAAUCUUGUGAUGCCAAUUGGCAAGCAUGAAAGAGAGGGGGUCAUGUUGACACUCCAAGGAGGGGUGACAAAAUGGGACUCAUUUUGAGGAGGCUAAUGACUUAGCCGCGAUUUUAUUACUACUGCCUAAUACGGAGUAUUUUCAAUGUAUUUCUUUUACUUAUUAGUCAAUUUUACCAAGGCUUUUUCUUUGAAUAUUACUAAUUUAAUGUCAAUUUCAAAAAAUGUAACCAUUUUUACAAAAUGUCAAAAUGUGACUAAGAAUAUCAUAUAUAUGAAAAACAUUAUGUGAGUGUUUAAUUUUUAUGUUACUACAUCCAGAUUUUUAUAUCACUGUCGCUUUUCAUAUCACUUUUUGAAUGUCACUACAGGUUUUCAUGUCACUGUCGCCGUGAAACGUACGCUAUGAUCAUCGGAUAAUUUUCCGGUGACUUCUCCCCACAAAAUAGUGACCUCCACGACCGGUCAUUGACCACCCAACACCGCCACAAGCCACUUUAAAAUGUCACUAUGACCGCUAAUAAAUUUUCCGGUAACCUUUUCCGGUGAAACUUCGCCUACCCUUGCCUACAGCACCAGAUCCCAAACCCCUCCCUAGCACUCGCCGCUCUUCCCUGUCCCAACACCACAUCCUAAACCCCCUCCCCUACCCCUGAGGCUGCACUCAGCCUGCCACAACCCCCCCUCCCAUCACAACCCCAGCCAUGCCUUCAACAAUUUCCUCCAUCAGCAACAAUUUUAGCCAGUAAACUUCAUCCAUAGCCAGCAAUUUCAAUUGCAAUACACUCAUCCUAAUCCAAAAUAAUCAAAAACAAAACCCUAAUCCCGCUCUCCUAAUCCCAAUAUGAGUUGAAAAAGGUAAUCGGAUCAUUUGCGAGCAACCAAAAAUAGAAGAAGAAGAAUAAAGGAAGCACCGGCGGGAUGCGCAGCGGCACGACAACGGAGGAUGCAGGGACAUCUGGUGGGCGGCGGGGAUGCAGUAAAGACCAGAGGCGGCGUCGAUGCAAGGACGUCUGGCGGGCAGCAACACUGCAAGGCUUACAGGCGUUGAAGAUAAGGCCGAAGCCACUCACAUAUCCAAGGCACAUAUGCGAUGAAGACGAGGAGCGCUUGCAGUAUCCCAGGCUAGAAGAAUAGCAGUGCGGAAUAAUUAGGGUCACAUUUGUGUCGAUCGAAGACUUGGUCAUAUUUUUGUCUACACAAAAAUAUUUUAGUUAUUCUAAAUGAUCAUUUUAGUUAUUUUCAUAUAAUAUUUUCUUUAUUUUAUUUAUAAAUGUAUUUUAAAUAGAUUUUUUUCAUAAUUCAACAUGUUCAACCAAUUAAUCCCGAUUUAAUCAAAAUUUCAUCAAUUUCAACAUACUCAGCCUAUUCAUUC